AUGCUUCUCACCCAAACCAAGGAUCCGGAAAUGUACUGGUUCAGGUCGGUCUACGAAGUUUGCUCCAACUCCGCCGCUCAGACCAUCUCGACCCAACAGCUUGUGAGCUCAUGGAACGCCGUAGUGAAGCGCCACCCCGCGCUCAGGACCAUCUUCAUUGAGCAAAACUCUACCGAUGGUCUCUAUGAUCAACUCGUUCUUCGCGUCUACGAGCCCGAGAUCCUUGAAACCACCGUCCCCGCCCAUGGUUCUGAGACAGAACUCCUUCAGCAGGUCAAGAUCGCCGCGGUCUCCCAAGAGCUUCAAUCCUUCCAGAAGCCCCAGCACCAGCUGCUCAUCGCUACACAAGCGCAAACCGGACGCGUCUUCUGCAGCUUCCUCUUGAGCCACGCAAUCGUCGAUGGAAGCUCAAUGGGCAUCAUCCUCCGGGACUUUGCCCUUGCUUGCGAGUCACGCCUGGUUGAUACGCAGGAGCCGCGCUAUGGAGACUACAUUACCUAUCUCAAAUCGCGGGAUGGGCCCUCGGACAUCGAUUACUGGAAGAAAUCCCUGGAAGGCAUCGACUCAUGCUUCCUACCGAGCGAUGAGUCCGCUGAUGUUCCCAAGUCUCUCUUGAAGGCCGACGUCCCCCUGGAUUUCGGAACUCACCCCCGCCUUAUCAGUGUCGCUCGCGAGCUUGGGGUGUCUGCUUUCACGCUUCUCCAGGUCACUUGGGCCUUGACCCUACGCGAAUACAUCAACCCAGACCGGGAUGACUGCUGCUUUGGCGUCGUCACAUCCGGCAGGGAUCUCCCCGUCAGCAACAUCCAGGACAUUGUUGGUCCAUUUGUCAACAUCCUUACCUCCAAGGUCGAUCUCCCUCACGACAAGACAAUCGCGGACAUUGCUACCGCCGUUCACAAUAGCUUCGUCGAUAACAUUGCCCACCAGACAGCAUCUCUCGCCGAGGUGAUGCACGAGCUGGGCACCAGCACUCUUUUCAAUACUGUGGCUUUCCGCGCUCUCGGAGGCGAAGACCCCACCGAGUUCGAUAUCGUCGUCCACGCCAUUGACGACGGUCAAGUUAUGCAUGUCCACAUGAACUACUGGGCCAACAAGGUAUCUGAGACCCGCGCUAGUGAGAUCGCUGCUACCUUUGCCUCGGUCCUUUCCCAGAUCCUCGAUCAACCGCACAUCCUUCCUGUCGAGCUACACAUGGUCUCAGAAAAGGAUCUCUCUACUCUGUGGUCCUGGAACGCUCAGCUCCCUCCCGCUUUGGAGAUGAGAAUGGAGGAUAUGAUUGCCAGCCAGGUUGCCAAGAACCCCAACCGUGAAGCUCUAUGGUCAACGGAGGAAAUCAUGACUUUCCGAGAGCUCGAUCUCUUCUCCACCAAACUCGCCAACGAGUUCCUGAAGAACGUCCAGCGAGAAGAGAUUGCCGGCGGAACUCUCGUGCUCAUCGAUCCUUCUCAUCCCGUCGAACGCCUCCGUCAAAUUGUCGGCACCGUCAAGGCGAGGCUCAUCCUUGCCUCGCCUACCCAGGCCGACAUGUGCUCGACUUCCCUCGGCAUCAAGACGGUCGCGGUAUCCAAGGACAUGUUCAACCACCGAUUCUCCAACCCCGUCACGCCUACCUCCGCUAUGAUGAGGCCCAGGGUCCGAUCCCCUUGCGACGCCGCCUACAUCGUUUUCACCAGCGGCUCCACCGGAACUCCCAAGGGCUCCGUCACCGAGCACAGGUCUUUCUGCACCGCGACCCAGGGCUACCAUCAAGAAAUCGGCCAGCUUCCCGGCAGCAGGGUCCUGCAGUUCGCAUCUUACAGCUUCGACGCCAGCAUCCUCGAGAUCCUCGGCUCUCUCAUGGUCGGCGCCACAGUGUGCGUGCCCACCGACAAGGAGCGAUCCAACCAGAUCGCGUCCUUCAUCAACAGAGCCCGCGUCUCAUUCGCCGUCAUCACACCUACGGUUGCCUCUCUCAUGAGCCCCGAUGACGUUCCCACCCUGUCAACGCUCGCUCUUUGCGGUGAGCCCAUGACAGUAUCCCACAUCAGCAAAUGGGCCGAAAAGGUCCGCCUUGUCAAUGCCUUCGGUCCCAGCGAGUGCUGUGUGGGCAGCGCCGCCAACCCCCGACUCAACUUGCAGUCGAGCCCCAAGUGCAUCGGACGCGCUGUGUCCUGCUGCUACUGGGUCGUGCAUCCCCGCAACCACCACCGCCUUUCCCGCGUCGGCGCUGUCGGCGAGCUUCUCAUCGAGGGACAUAUCCUCGCACGUCACUACCUCGACGAAGAGGUCAAGACCCGGGAGGCUUUCAUUUCUAACCCCGAGUGGGCCUCGCCUGGUCGCGGCAGGCGCCUGUACAAGACUGGUGACCUUGUCUACCAGAAUGCCGACGGCACUUUCCAGUACAUCGGACGCAAGGAUACGCAGGCCAAGAUCAGGGGUCAGCGACUUGAACUAGGCGACAUUGAGCAAGCCUUCAAGGACGUCGUCCCCUGGAGCCAAUCCUCCGUGGCCGAAAUUAUCCAACCCAAGGGUCUAGGCCCCAGGGUGGCCCUGUUCUUCGCCGGCGAGGACCCGACCCGCGCCAAGCUCGACGUGUCCGAGAUCCAGAAGAUGAUGGGUCAAAAGAUCCCCGCCUACAUGGUCCCGACCAGCAUCGUUCACCUGGAAGAGAUGCCUCUCAUGCCCUCUGGAAAGGUUGACCGCAAGAAGAUCAAGUCCCUCGGCGCCAACCUCCAGACCAGGCGCGAGAAGCGAGCCGGACGCACGCCAGAAACCGAGACGGAGAUUCUCCUCGCUUCUCUGUGGAAGAAGGUUCUGAGGUCCGACAUCGAGCAGGUCCUCGCCGAGGAUAGCUUCUUCAAUAUCGGCGGCGACUCCUACACCGCCAUGAAGUUGGUGACCGAGGCGAGGUCUGCGGGCGUCGCCCUCAACGUCGCCACCGUCAUGAAGUCACCCAAGUUAUGUGACAUGGCAAGCAAGAUCGCCUCCUCCACCACAAGCGGUAGCAACGCCCAAACCAACCUGAAGACUCAGUCAACCGCUGCCUUCAGCAUGGUCGAAUGGACUGCCGCGGCACGUGCCGAGGUGUCCCGCCAGUGCGCCAUCGCCGCCAACGAAAUCGAGGAUCCCGGCUCGUACAUCGCACGCCACUGCUACAAAUUGUCUCCCGAGCUUAACUUGCCCAAGUACCAAAAGGCCUGGGAGGCUGUCUAUGGAUCCAGCGCCAUCCUGAGGACUCGCGUCCUGCAGCUCUCUCUCGUCACAAAGUCCGAGGGCAAGAGGUCUGGACUCUACCAAGCCGUUGUCAGCCAGCCCUUGGCCUGGACCCACGGCAACUCGCUCGACAAGUAUCUCGCAAACCACCCUGUUCCUCGCCUCGGUGGGCCACUUGCGCAAUUUACCCUAAUCGAGGAAUGCGAUACCUCCCGGUAUCUCGUCCUCACCAUGCAUCACGCCGCCUACGACGCGGUUUCCCUCCGUCUUCUCCUCGACCGCGUCGAGGCAGCCUACACAGGCGGCGCCAUGCCCUCCGUCACGCCCUUCCGCGAAUUCAUCAAGUACCUCGAGGACAACAAGGGCGAGGCCUCCCGCCAAUUCUGGACCGGCUACCUCGCCGGAGCCCAGAACCUGACUCCCUGCGUGUCCGUCCCUACCGCAUACGUGCCCUCCGCCGACUCUACUUUCGAGGGCGAAUUGCCCCUUCCAGUCGUCCAAUCCAACGGAUACACGCUAUCGACACUUAUUCGCGCCUCGUGGGCUAUUGCCUUGGCUCGACGUGCCUCGAGCUCGGGCGUGGUCUUUGGCGAAACCCUCAGCGGCCGCAGCGAUUCCCAAGACGGCAUCUCCGAUGUCGACGGCCCGCUCAUCACCACCGUCCCCGUGCACUUCCGCCUCAAGGAUACCGACAGCCUCAGCAGCGUUCUCUCGGCUGUUCAGGAAAGCAUGGUCGACAUGAUUCCUUACCAGCAGGAGGGUCUCCAGAACAUCCGUCGCAUGAGCGCCGAUGCCGAGACCGCCUGCAGCUUCUCCUGCCUCGUCACCAUGGCGCGCGCGUCCGAGGCUCUUCCCAAGCCAUCCCUUGGCAUCACGCCUAUCGAGGGGCCAUCCUCAGCCGCCAUCGAUUAUCCGAUCUCUAUCCAGUUCAUCAUCGGAGACAAGGAGCUCAAAGCCUCAAUUUGCCACGAUGACCGCCUCAUCAGCCGAGGCGAGAUGAACAUGAUGCUCGACCACUUCGCCCUGGUCCUCGAGCAGCUCUGCUCCGGCAAAUUCAACCUCGUCGGCGAAGUCGGAUUGAACGCCGGCGGCGAACUCGGCGUCGUCAACAAAGAAGAGCUCAAGGCCAGCGUCAUGAACAUGCUGGGCCAGCAACUCGCCAACAUCCCUCUCGAGAUGUCGCCUCAGGUCCUAAGCGAAACCGACUCGGAAGACAUGAUCCUCAACCUCGACCCCCAGGACUUCCAGCCCGAGGACAACUUCUUCCAGCUCGGCGGCGACUCCAUCGGCGCCAUGCGCAUGGUGACCGCCGCCGACCAGAAACAGAUCAAGAUCACCGUCGCCGACAUCUUCCACCACCCGACCCUCGCCGCCUUCUCCGAGUUCGCCUCCAAGACCAACGCCAUCGUCUCCGACCCAACCACGGGCGCGCUCAACGACGCCUCCGCCGCCGCCGCCAUCGCCUACGAGCCCUUCGCCGUGCUCGACCACCUCCACCUCGACCGCGAAGACGUGGUCGACUCCGUGUGCCGACAACUCUCCGUCUUCCCCGGCGACGUCGAGGACGUCUACCCCGCCACCGACUACCAGGCCUGGGCCGUCAGCCACGGCCUCAUGCGGAGCCGCGGCAACACCAACUACUUCCUCUUCCGCCUCCACGGCAACCUCGACACCUUCCGCCUCGAGCAGGCCUGCCGAAAGAUGGUCGCCGCCAACCCGAUCCUGCGCACCCUCUUCACCACCAUCGGCAGCCAGGUCAUGCAGGUCGUCCUGCGAUCCUACCAAAUCGAGUUCCAGCGCUACGGCCGCGAGCACCGCGCCGACGACGCCUUCAUCCGCUGGCUCGUCGAGGAGGACACCCACCGCACCACCUACCUCAGCCAGUCCAUCGUGCGCUUCAAGCUCCUCCUGCACACCGACGGCCACUACGUCCUUGUCAUGCGCGCCUCCCAUGCCCAGUACGACGGCAUGAGCCUUCCUCUCCUCUACCAGGAUCUCGAGAAAUGCUUCACCGGGCUCGAGCCGCUCGAGCGGCCCGAAUUCGGCAAGUUCAUCAUGGCGUCCACGCAGCGCGCGGGCGCCGCCACGGCCUUCUGGCGCAAUCUCCUCAACGGCUCGUCCAUGACCGAAAUCGUGCAGCACCCGGGCCCGGCCUACAAGCACAAUGUCGACACCAUCCGCACGCGGACCAUCCCUCCCAUCCCCUCCAACGUGGCCGGCAUGUCUCAGGCCACGCUCGUCAAAGCCGCGUGGGCGCUCGUCCUCGCCAAGAUGUCGGGCCAGCGCGACGUCGUGUUCGGCAACCUGAUCUUUGGGCGCAACGUGCCCCUCAACGAGAUGGAUAGCAUCCUCGACCUCCUCGCACUGGUCCAGGAGCAACAGCUUGCGGCUAUGCCUCACGAAAGCCUAGGCUUCCGUCGUCUCAUCAAGGACUGCACGAGCUGGCCCUCCUGGACGCGCUUCAGCUCCGUCGUCCAGCACCAAAACCUCGGCCGCAACGGCGCCCAAGAGUUCCAGCUUGGCAGCGACCUCAAGUGCGAGAUGGGUGUUCUAGGCCCCGCCUACGACUCCUCUGACCUCUGGGUUCAGACCACCCCGCUCGAGGACUGCUUCAAGGUAGAGAUUGGCUCGUGCAGCUCGGUCGUCUCUCCCGACAUUGCCGAGACCUUGCUCGACCGCCUCUGCGCCGUCCUCAACGUCUUCGGUCAGGCGGAUUCCGCUAGCAACCGCCACCUGUGGGAGCUCCUCGCUCGCGACCACGAGCCACUCAUCCCGAUCAAGUCCUCCCUUGUCGAGCAAGUGUGGAGCGACGUUCUUCCGCAUAUCGAGGAAUCUGUUCCCUGGGACGCUCCCUACUUCGAGCUCUGGGGUGACGAGAUCGCCCCCGUUCGUUUUCUUCAAGAAUAUGCUUACCAUGGAAUUAUUCUUGAUAUGGAGGACAUCCUUGAGAACCCCACAAAGCAGGCGCAGAUGCUUCUGACUGCUCGUGUCCUAGCCGAUCGAAAGGCCGCUUCAAGGGAAACAACCUCUACGCCACGCAGUCAGAGCUUUUGGGCACUAGACUCCAACGCCGCACCAGCUUCGACAUCCGGAGCCAGUCGCAGAGGGUCCGUCAUCAAUUCACCUCGUGUUGGGUCUCCUGGUGUUGGCGCCCCUCUCAAACGACACAAGCCGUUCAACCCGCCCGCCAGGGCGAGCACGGCGCACUUUGCAGGCUCGGGUGGCCGCACUCAGCGCGAUUGGGAUCUCCCUUCCCCCUUCUCUCCGAAUAUAAACCAUCUACCGCCAGCAUGA